AUGGCAGGCAUUAACUGGUUAGUUUGACCAUAGAGAUGAGAUCAGGACAAGGACCCAAUAGGGGUACUCUUGGUACGGACAAUAAAGGAGACAAGGCACAGCUUUUUUAGCCCUAGCUGAAACUCAAAGGGUAGUUUUGUUAAUCCUCAGUCACUACAGUACAGCAUCACUGCUCAUCAUCUUCCAGACAUCUGCAUGUGACGCACCUCACCAAUAAUGGAACCCCAUCUCAUCGAUCUCUGGUUACACUACCCAAAAACCACCAUAAAGUAGAGAAAAAUAAUAUCAAAAGAUCACAAAAGAUGGUGUCUUUGUGUGUGUGUGUGUGUGUGUGAUAGCCUAAUGACAACAGUUAAAAAAGAUUAUAAUAAAAGGAAGCUUAAGCCAUGUCAGAUUCUUGUCUUUAAAGCAUAGAGCGGAAAACUACAGGAUGGAAAGAAGUGAACUUUUCCAAUCCUUUUUUUUAUUUUUUAACUACAACCCAUGUUCUAUUUCCUUUGUUUUGAUAGCCAAAAUUAGUAUUUUCAAGAUUUGUUUCUUGUGAUAAUUUUCUCUAGAUUUCAAUCUCAUUUCCUGUGAGCAAAAGUUUGUUUCUUUACAUCUCAUUGCCAUUUGGCAUCCAGUUCUUGCAUGUUUCUUCUUGGUUCAUCAGAUCUGAAUGGUUACUGGGGUUGCUGAUUGGAGAGGGUGGAUUCAUGGAGGAUGUGCAGCUGCUUUUGAUAAACAUUCUUGGUUUUUAACUUUUGAAGUCUCUGAAAGUGGGAAUUCAGAUGCCUGUAUGGGACUAGAGAAGGUUCUUGAGGGAAAUUGGCAGUAAUGGAGAAGGUCCAGGGAAGAGGGAUUUGGGGUCUUGUAUUUCUGAUCAUAGUGUUCCUAUCUGUUAGCAGUGGAGAAGCUCAGUCAAAGCCUGUUCUGGUAAACUGUGGUGCAAAUAGCAGUAUUAAUGUGGAUGGUAGGAGAUGGAUUGGUGAUUUGGCCCCAAAUGAUAAUUUCACUGUCAGUUCUCCUGGUGUUGCUGCUACUGAUUCAAAUGCUGAUGGCAAUUCAACCUUAGGGCCACUCUACAAAACUGCCCGGAUUUUCAAUGCUUCGAAUUAUACUUUUGCUGGAAUGCAGGGAAACUACUUUCUUAGACUCCAUUUUUGUCCAUUCCCUUUUGAGAAUUAUAAUGUCAAUGAGUCCUCGUUUAGUGUCGUGGCUAAUGGUCUGAAACUGAUGACUGAGUUCAAUGUUCCGGUCGAGAUUUCAGACAAGAAUUUGCACUUGCAGAAUUCCAACAGCAAUUCAAGUUCUUUGUCCUUGGUCAAAGAGUAUAUUCUAGCAAUCAAUGAUGUUCUUGUGGUUGAAUUUGUUUCAUCUAGGGGAUCAUUCGGGUUCAUAAAUGCCAUAGAGGUUGUCCCUGUGGUUGGCACACUUUUUGCAGACUCAGUUAGUAAAGUGGGUGGAAGUAAUGCCAAUUUCAAUGUAAGUGGACGGGGGAUUGAAACUAUGUAUCGGUUGAAUAUUGGGGGACAGGAGAUCAAAACUAAUCAAGAUUCAGAUCUUUGGAGGAAAUGGGAAAUGGAUUCCAGCUACAUGAUUACAGCAGAUGCUGGUGUUGAAAUCAGGAAUACUUCUAAUGUCACUUAUGCAUCGAACAAUGAUUCCUCGGUGGCUCCACUUCUUGUAUAUGAAACAGCAAGAAUCAUGUCCAACACAGAAGUCUUGGAGAAAAAGUUUAACAUGUCAUGGAAAUUCGAUGUAGAUCCUGAUUUUGAUUAUUUAAUCCGGUUACAUUUUUGUGAGCUGGUAUAUGACAAAGCAAACCAGAGGAUUUUCAGGGUCUAUAUAAACAACAAGACAGCUGCUGAUAGCUUUGAUGUUUAUGUACGGGCAGGAGGGAAGAACAUAGCAUAUCAUCAGGAUUAUUUUGAUACGGUUUCGUCCAAGACCAACACCCUUUGGGUCCAACUGGGUCCUGACACUGCAGUUGGUGCUUCAGGAACUGAUGCUCUCUUGAACGGACUGGAGAUUUUCAAGCUGAGCCGAAGUGCGAAUCUUGCAUAUGCUGACAGAAUUGAUUCAACUGAGAAAUCUGGAAGUCAUUCAAAAUCUUGGAUUCUCUGGCUGGGGGUUGGAGCAGGUGUAGCUUCUGUCCUCAUUAUUGCAAUUACAUUUACUUGCAUCUUUUGCUUCGGCAAAAAUAGAAGAAAACAAAUGAGUGAUGCCAAAGACAACCCUCCUGGAUGGCGGCCACUAUUCAUGCAUGGUGCUGUUGUAAGUAGCAUUGCUAAUAAUAAGGGAGGGGUCCAUUCUCUAAAUGGAUCGUUGGCAGCGUCUACUAGAGUUGGCAGGCGUUUCACCUUGUCAGAGAUUCGUGCGGCAACGAACAAUUUUGAUGACAGUUUGGUGAUAGGAGUUGGAGGCUUUGGUAAAGUAUACAGUGGGAAGAUUGAAGAUGGCACUCUUGCAGCAAUCAAACGGUCAAACCCACAAUCCAAGCAAGGCCUGACUGAAUUUGAAACAGAAAUUGAGAUGCUUUCAAAGUUAAGGCACAGGCAUCUGGUCUCGUUGAUUGGGUUCUGCGAAGAACAGAAUGAGAUGAUCUUGGUUUAUGAGUAUAUGGCAUAUGGAACUCUUCGAAGUCAUCUUUUUGGGAGUGAUUUCCCACCAUUGACAUGGAAGCAGCGACUAGAAGCAUGCAUUGGUGCUGCCAGGGGACUCCAUUACCUCCAUACUGGAGCAGAUCGUGGAAUAAUUCACAGGGAUAUUAAGACAACCAACAUACUGCUUGAUGAAAAUUUUGUAGCAAAAAUGGCAGAUUUUGGGCUGUCUAAAGCUGGUCCAGCUUUGGACCACACACAUGUUAGUACAGCAGUGAAAGGAAGCUUUGGAUAUCUUGAUCCUGAAUACUAUCGUCGACAGCAGUUGACUGAGAAAUCUGAUGUUUACUCAUUUGGCGUGGUGUUGUUUGAAGUUGUUUGUUCUCGACCUGUUAUAAACCCAAGCUUGCCAAAAGACCAGAUCAACCUCGCAGAGUGGGCAAUGAAGUGGCAGCGGCAGAAGUCACUGGAGACCAUCGUUGACCCACGUCUCAGAGGAAAUACUUGCCCUGAGUCAUUGAAGAAGUUUGGAGAGAUAGCAGAAAAAUGCCUUGCUGAUGAGGGGAAGAAUCGUCCAACAAUGGGGGAAGUUCUGUGGCAUUUGGAAUUUGUCUUGCAACUUCAUGAAGCCUGGUUGCGCGCCAAUGCCACCACUGAAACCUCCAUUACUAGUAGUCAAGCAUUGGAGGAUUUGGAACUUAGAGUAGCAGAAGAGGCACGACGCCCCCCUCUCGCCUUGGAAUAAGAGACUGAUAGACCUCAGAAUGAAGGGUGAUGGAGGUCCUGCUGAAACAAUGGUUUUGGCAAAUAGUAUGCUGCAGCUGGAUUUCACAGUGGAAUGGCCCGAGUGCCUAGCGAAAGCUAGAAAUUAUAUUCAUUACAAUGUUUUUAUCAUUAUGGUCCUAAAUUCUUUUAUUUUGUUCAAUCAGAUUAUGUGCUUGAGGUAACUGUUAUUAUGUCCAUAUCAACUUUACUAGCAAGUGGAGUGAAGUAAGGCAUGAUCUUCAUAGUGUUUUAUAUUUUAUUCUCUGUAA